CCUCACUAAAAACCGAAUUUCAGGUCAGGAGCUACACUUUCCCAAAAAGAUAUAUASAUAGAUUGAAAGAUAUUUCCCUUGGGGGCCCCCUAAACUGAGAUGCAUUUAAUUGGUGAACGAGAAAUAUUAUCAGAGAAAUGUCUCUUUUACAGGCAACAACCCUCACCCAUGUCUCAACAAUCUCAGUAUCUUUCAUCAAAUUGCUCGCUUCUCAAGUACCCAAUCCUUUUUAAAGUUUUGAUGAGCCUCUUUCACCUCACUCCUUCCUAUCCUAUAUCUGUUCUUCUGAAAUAAAGCAUCAAAGACUGAUGGCUUCAUCGAGAAACAAUGCAAAUGGGCUUAGUACUGCUUUGCUAAUUCUCAUCCUAUUUGCCACUUUUCUAUCCUCCGAACCAGCUGAGUUAGAGUUCUCAAGCUAUGAUGAGAGCUUGAAGCAAAGAAAACUGGUGUUGGGUUCAAGACCUCCACGCUGUGUUAACAAAUGCCUGAGCUGUAGGCCUUGCAUGGCUACUCUGGUUAUCCCUCCUCACCAAAGAAGGGAUUUCAGGACAUCAUCUCAAGAAGAAAAUGGCAGCUAUUAUCUGCUCUCAUGGAAAUGCAGAUGUGGAAAUAAGCUCUUUAAGCCCUGAUAUCUAUGCAGUCGUUAUGUGAUGUCUAUAUUGCUAAUUAGUAUAGAUACUGGAAAAAUUUUUCCAUUUUUAGGACUCUCUCUCUCUUUCUUCUUCUUCUUCUUCUUCUUCUUCUUCUCUGGUACGUGUAUGAAACAAGGUACAUUUUGUUUUGAAUGGUUCCAAUCCAUUGGAUGGGGAGAUCUUGGUUCAUAUCUAUUGUUUUCUUCUAUUUGAAGACAUUGAACUGAAAUUUUCUUUAAUGUAAUUUAAACAAAUUAAUUGCU